UACAACGAACCGGAUCCGUGUCCGUUCGCCCUCGCCGAACAGUUUUUCACUGCGUAAGCCAAAAACACACAAAAGUUUACACAACGGGUGGCAACGGGGCUUAGAAAGCCUUCGCCCGGCCAUCAAUCGGGCGCCGUUCUGCCAGUCACGGUACAAACGAUUAUAGAGUGUCACGAGCGGUGAAGAAGUCUAUCUGAAAAAAUGUUACACCCAGCUAUCGAACCAAACCCCACGUGAGGAGUGAUCUGAAGAGCAAUGUUGCGAUACUAACAAAGAAAAAAGCAUGCCAAACAGUGUAAUCUCAUCCGGCAUACAUUCGCGCCGGUAAAAAGCGCGAUUGAAAGCGUGAAAAUCAGUGCUUUUCCAGUGUUUGUGUGUGAGAGCGUGUGUGCAAGUGCAUGUGCACUCUGCUAAAGAGAAAGUUAAGCUUCCCAGCUAGCCCCCGACAGUGAAAGUGUGCGUGUGUGUUUGUGUGCUUGCGUCUGUGCGUGUGUCUGUGUGCGCUUUCACCCACCAUUGAUGUGCUUGUGUGUGCGUGCGCCCGUUAGCAGGAAGCUUAGCGUGAGGGAAAAUGAUGUUGAAACGUGAUUAUCUCCGGUUGAUUCGUUGUGAGUUUUGAAUAAUCAACCCGAAAGCCCGACGAGACCCGCCGCAUCCCGUCACGCAACCACCGCACCACGAGCGGUGUGGAAAACGACGGUGCAAAAUCUUUGCCCAACUUGGGCAUCCCGGGGUGGUGUGCGUGUGUGUGUGUUUGUCCGACUGAGCCAAUCGUGAAUUUUCCACCACCACGGUUUUGAGUUUUCGCUGCUUUUUGUGUCUGUGUGAGUUUUGCGGGGUUUACGUUGUUGCGGCUGUUUGCUACGUACCAUGAAACCGGCGGCAGCGCGAAGCAUCACACUGGCAGUCACGCUGGUAAUGCUGGCUAAUCUUGCCCGUGCACAGAUCGACUGGGCGGAGGACGACGAUGAUCCAGUGUCUACAGUGACGGUCGAGGCAGUUCUCGGGCGAACGGCGACCUUGCCGUGUGACAUCGAACCGGAAGAGCUGAACGAUCGGGUGUACAUGGUGCUGUGGUUUCGGGAAAGCGCAGGCAAACCUUUGUACAGCUACGACGUUCGGGGGAGACAAUUCUCCAAGGCCCUCUACUGGUCGGAAACGAGCGCCUUCGGACCGAGGGCGUACUUCGUGACGAUCUCGAAACCGGCCGCCCUCAGCGUGGACAACAUCCAGCUCGAUGACGAAGGGGUGUACCGGUGCCGGGUGGAUUUCCAGAACUCGCCCACAAGAAAUCAUCGCAUCAACCUAACCGUAACCGUGCCACCGCAUCAGAUACUCGUGUACGACGCGUCCGGGCUGGACGUGACCGGUGCCAUCGGGCCACUGCAGGAGGACGACAACCUGGUGCUUACCUGUGAGGUCCGCGGAGGACGACCCGAACCUACCGUCACCUGGCUGAACGGGGACGAGAUCAUGCAGACCGGCGGUGGCAUCUCCAUGGGCCGGCACGUCACGGUCAAUCGGCUGGAAAUACCGAAAAUGACACGAUCGGCACUGAACAAUACGUACAAGUGUCAGGCAUCGAACACCAAGCUGGUACCACCGGCCGAGCGUAGCAUACGGGUGGAUAUGUUGCUCAAACCACUCUCGGCCUCACUGUCAUCGAAACCGAAACAAUUGAUAUCGAACCAGGAGUACGUGCUGGCGUGCAAUGUGGCCGGUUCCGUGCCGGAAACGGACAUCAAAUGGAUGCAAAACAAUCGACCGUUCACGAAGGGAAAGAUAAAACUCAUCAAUAACAGCUCGAUGGUGUCGUCCGUGUUGAGCUUUCGGCCCCAUCCCGAUGACGAUGGCACAAUUCUCAAGUGCGAAGGUUCCAAUCCACGCCUACAAAACUCCGUCCUCGAGGACUCGGUCAUCAUGAACGUGCUCUAUCCACCGCAAGUGACACUGUCGCUGGGAUCAACGCUUAAUCCCGACGACAUCAAGGAAGGCGACGACGUCUACUUCGAGUGUCACAUUAAGGCAAAUCCGAGGGAGCAUCGCAUUACAUGGUCACACGAUGGUCUACCUGUCACGCAGAACGUCACCUCCGGUGUCAUCAUCUCGACGCGGUCGCUGGUGCUGCAGCGCGUUGGAAGGUUUCACUCCGGCAGUUACGCCUGUGCCGCGGCCAACGAUCGUGGCGAAACGCAAAGCGAUCCGGUUGCCCUCAAAAUACACUUUGCACCGGUUUGCAUAUCAAACAGUAUCAUGAUCGUGGGUGCAUCGCUGGACGAAACCGUUCCGGUACCGUGUCACGGCGGUCCCUUGAUUGGAAACCUUGAGGAUAACUCCAGUGAUUGGCUGUGAAAGCGAGUCUUAUCGAGUCCCGCGCUGCGAGGUUGAUGCUGUUUACAUGUACACCACACGCUUCGUGGGCUGUAUCGUAUCGUGUGUACUAUAUCGAGUUUUGUUCUUGUUUUUUUUUUUUGCACUCUUCUUCUUGCAGAGACGAUCUAUGAGCUGCUGUACACGCCGAAAAGUGAGCGUGAGUACGGGACGCUGGCGUGCUGGGCGAAAAAUUCCAUCGGCAAGCAGGUCGAACCGUGCCUGUUUCAAGUAGUACCGGCAGCCAAGCCGGCCCCAUUGCGCAACUGUACCCUGCGGCCCUACUCGACCCUAAUGUCGCCGGCGGGUCCACAGCACAGCCAGAAUGCUUCCGCCGCGUCAGCAUCCGCCUACUCGUACACGUACGGCGAUCCGCCGAGCAGCCACCCGGCCGGUCGGCAUCCAGGUCAGCACUAUCGGGACACUAAUUACAUUGUGCCGCAAUUCGUUAAAGAUCGGAACGUGCCACCGGCCGACCAGCGGAAUGUUACAGUGAAAUUUAAUCAGAAAAAUCCCAACCCCGGCGCGGCCGGUUCCCGCGCCACCGGGCCAUCCACUGCCUCGCUGCGAUCCUCCUCCUCCUCCUCCUCUUCGUUCGCUGCGGUGAAAGCUUCCGGCGCGGUUUCGAACCGUCGAGAUCGGCGUAACCGCACCGGUGGCGGUUUGCCUUCGAUCCGCGACACCGAUACGGCUCGCCUAACCGCGGACGGCGGGGAGGAAAGCAGCGCCGGAACCGGAUCAAAGGAACCGCUUGCCGAUCCACCGCGGCCCCUGCCCGCCCAGCCGCUCGAAAUGGUUCGGCGGCGGGUGAAGGCGGCCCCCGGCUCCACGACGAGCGACGAGCAGAACAGCCGAACCGAGCUGCUGAACACGGCGACGGCCGUCCUGCUCGGCGAGGGCGGUUCGGCAGCCGUACUAGCAUCGUCGGCGGUCGGCAACGAUCCGACCGAGCAACAGCGCGGAAGUCGACUGCGCCGCUACACCAUGAACUCCUCCACCGCCCACCAACGAGCUCUAUUUGAUGAUGAUGAUGAUGAUGAUGAAAUUUUCAGCAACGCCAGCCUACCGGCGGCGAACAGCAGAGGCAGCGAAAGCAACAGCAAUCAACCUUCGCAUCUGCAGCACAGCAGCAGCAGCAGCGACGAUCGAGCCCGGGGUGGAAAUAAUUAUCACACGCCGGGCAAUGCAGCAGCAGCAGCAGCACCGAUUGCAUCGCAAUUAAGAUCGAAAACGAUACGCCACCAAUCGACACUGGCCCCGCCCGCCCCACCAUCGGCCGCCUCCCUCGCCAGCUACGGUGGCGGAUUUUCCGGUGUGAAUGGCGCCACCGGACACGGGCCCACUUCCUACGGAGGCAAUCAUCAUCAGCAUCAUCAGCAUCACUACGUAGGACCGGGGGACGGUGGUGGUGGUGGCGGUGGUGGUGGCGGAGGCACCGGUGGUGGCAGCCACUCCGCUUCCGUGGGGAACGAGCUGCAGCCCACCAUGAUGGAGCUCGAGUGUGUCGCCGGGUACGAUGGUGGCCUGCCGCAGCACUUUUUUCUCGAGGCGUACGACUCCCGGACGCGCAAAUUGCGCCUAAACAUCACAAGUGCCCUUAACGAUGUGCCGCUCUUCCGGAUCGACCUGACUGAACUAAGUCCCAGCGAAGCCUACACACCGACCCUGCACCUGAUAGCGUACAGCGUGAAUCAGAAAGGUCGUUCCGAGCCGACGAUCCUGGAGGAUAUAGCAAUUAAUGAAGCUGAAAAAAGGACCGAGGGAACGGAAGGCUUAGGGAUACUACCGUUUGCGGCCCUGUUGACCGGUGCCCUCUUCACCAUCGGUAUCGCUGUCCUGCUGGUCGUGGUGCUUGCCAUCCGCCGGAAGCGUGACGGCCACGGUGGUGGCCUGUGUGACGGCAAGGAGAAGCAUAUAGGCAUGGACAUCACCGUAACGACACCGCUCGAGAUGGGCAUGGGACAGCAGAAGUACGUCGUCGCCUACACGCUCAAGCAGGGCGUCGAAAAGCAGCCGGACAUACUGAGCGCCCAAAAGACGGGCUCGGCUAGCGUGCAGUCGAUAAAGGACAUCGGCCGCAAAGCUGGGCUCCCCGGUGGGCUUGCGGGGUCCCCGGCCACCGGUACCAUCUACGCGACGGGGGGUGGUGGCUACGACCAGCAAAAAUCGACCCCUUCCAGUCGGCAGAGCACACUCAAGCGAACGGACGCUUCCGCUAACAGCUACUGUCUGCUUCAGCAGCAACAGCAGCAGCUGAGCAGCACCAGCAAGCAGCAGUACCCGGGCGAGCUGGUCGAGUACGAGAAACCGUACACGAACUACCAGCACACACUGCAGUACAACCACAAUCCGCCACCGCUCGUCGAUCCGUACGCGUACAAGAGCUCCCCCGCUGGGCGGUGGCCCGAGGACCAUCCCCAGCAGCAGCAGCAGCAGCAGCACCACGGUGAGCCGGGCGUUGCGUCCAAUCCUACCGGCUACGAGUAUCGUAGCGGCAGCAGCCGCAGCAACAGCGGCAACCUGAAGCAGGCGGCCACCGGCCUGAACGGGGGCGGAAAUCCGGAGUACCGAUAUUCGGGGUCCGAGUUUGUGACGGAUCUGCUCGACUUUAGCAGUGCCCCGUCGCCCUCGUCCAGCUCGACCGUCGGGGCGACACUAACGAAGACACGCAACCGUCAGCACAUCAUCACCGACACGCUGCCCGGACCGGAGAGCUGCGUGUAGAGUGACCCACUCGACAACGAACCGCAACCGAGCGAGUAAGCGAGCAGCGAGUGACGAGCCGGCCAGGCUUACGCUAAUCCGGAAGAGUACUUGCACAAGGGCCAGUCUGCUAAACCCGGUCACAGCCGAACCGGGCCUGCUCGUUAACGGGACAAUAAAACCCCACGCACGGACGGACGGAUUUCUUUUGGCGCGUUAGAUUAAAACUACUAGCAUGGCGGGCUUUGGUGGUGGGACAACAAAACCAACGCCCGCCGGUUGUCGUUCAAGCGGGCAUGGUAUGGUUAAGUGUGGUCACACCAGCAAAGGCAAACACCUUUUUAAGGAUGAUGCUGGUAAACAAUCCAAACACAGCCAAUUCCAGCUAAAUACAGCGAUGGGAAGAUGCGACCGCACGAGCAGAAAAACCCUCACGCAGGCCGGUUGAACAAAAACCAUGUAAGCAUGCUUUCCACGAAUACAAUCACACCCGGCACGGCCCACGGCUCUCAUUCGAUGGUGCGGCUCAGGUGUAGCGACUUUGUGCAGCGAAGAAUAAAUAGACAGUCUUCCAUUAAGCAAACGAGACAAAACAAAGACAAGAACCCACACACACACACGAGCGCGCGCACGCCAACGCGGCGUGAUGGUAGAAGGGGCGUCGCUGUAGAUGAUCUGUGUGCGUAAAAAGAAAAAACAAAAAAGGGCCCUCGUUUUCCCGGCUAGGACGAACUAUGUUACGUAGGCAAUACAUGUGUUGAACAAAAACGGUUAGGUUAAUUACUUCGUUUGUAAAUACGCGUUGGUUGGUGAAGGGGAAGAAGGAAGCAGCAUCGUUAAACGAGCAGAUAUGUGGACUGAUAAUGUAAAUAUUAGUUGAAAGCGAGUUUUUUUUGUUUCUGUUCGAAUGCUAGAGAAAUAUUUGGUUUUCGCACGUACGGUGGAGAUGAUUAGCAUCCAUUCAACGGUUAGCAAGAGCCGGUAGAUGAUUAUAUAAAAAGGUUGUUUAACUAUUGUUUUGUACUACUUGUUUCAUAAACAAAAAAACUCUGGAACUUUGUGAUGGGGCAGCAGUUUUGUUUUGGAAAACCUCGCACGUUUUUGCAGACAUUUAGCAAUCGUUAUACUGAUAGACUACUCCCGAGAAUGAACGUUGUUUUCCAGCGUAGUGUACCACUUAGAUAAAGAAAAGGCCCCAACGCAUCUACACACACACACACUAGCAUAUCCAAACCAACAAUAAUAUCAACCAAACGCUACCAACCAUAUCGAUCAUAUCCCAAACUUCCUUUUCCCGGGCGCUAGAUGUACACUAGCGCACCGCCUAUAUCCUCAGACUGAAGAAGCUACGGUGAGAGGGAAAGCGCGUGUCGGAUCAUUUGAUCGUUUCGCUUGUUUUCUCAACCCAAUCCUGAGAUGUGACACACUCACACACACAUACAUACACGACUUAUUAUCUGUUAACAGGAAUGGCUCACAUGGAGUUGUCAUGAAUUUAUCCCGGCCCGAUAUGCUCUUUUUGUUAAAAAUUGCCGACGGCAUCAAUAUUGUAAACAGGCGUUAUUAACACCUUGUUAAAAGGCAACACGCAAACACCGCGAAGCAUCCGUUAGCGUAUGGUGUGGACAGGAAUCACACGUGUAAAAGCAACAAAAAAGCAGCAUUAACUCGUGUCGUAGCUAAAUACAGAAUCGAUCAAAAACGAUGUUGUCGUUGCUUUAAGGAUCCGGCGGUCCAUGCGCGAAACCCCUCGAUAUCUCCCUAAACAACUAGUAAAUUUGUACAUAUCCGUCUAGAGUGAACUGUUCGUGCUCGUGCAGCAAGACACUGCUGGCACAUUAGCCAAUAGCAAAAAGCUUCCCGAAUUGCUAUCCUUUUUUCUCUUGUAAAUAUACUGUAGCAGGGCCAUGCUUUCGACUCGUGUAACGCGUGUACCAUAUGACCAUAUCCUAAGACAUUUUGUCAAUCCAUUAAGACCAACUCUCGCAGCGUACGGUGCGGAUGAAACGAGAGGCGUUGUUUACGUGGUAGAAUUAUCGAUGCCGCUCGUUUGCGCCCAGCUGCAAGUGUGUACAGAUGAACCAAACGCAUCGUGCGUGCAUGUUCCGGACAGAUCAGUCGGCCUCAGUUCCCCUUUACCUGUACAUAGCUAUGUUUAAGCGACGGGUUCAGCCACCGCCGAGCCUAAAAAUCCUUCCGGAGGCGCCGCAGGAAGUACGCAAACGUUUUCUUCCGUUGUAGGAGCAGCAUAGGCAAACAAAAUACGGCAUGCAAAAGCACGAGUCUUUAUGAAAUGUUGGUGCGAAAUGAGCCCUUGCAAGCAAGCAGCUGACUCGGAGCAGUUUCGCAUUGUCUGUAUAUGUGUGUGUGUGUUUGUGCAAUAUACUGCGACAAUGUGUACGAUGAUGAGUCAAUAAAACAAUCUAACUAAUUGUGUUUUUUAAA